AUGGCAUAUCUGCAGCCAGCGCCGAUCCGCCGUGCCGGCCUGCGAGGGCUGGCCAACCAACUAUCACGACUCUCCUCGCCCGCCUCCUUCUCGACUUCGACCUCUGCCUCGCCCUUUGUCUGCCGCCAAUGUCUCAAGACUACCAAGCAGCAAACAUCUACGAAGCCGUCUCUAUUGUCUUCUUUGGCCCGAUCCCGGACCGUCCGACAACUCCAGCCCCCAGCCUCUGCCUCGGUUCGGUAUCUCAAUACCACCUCCAGCAAGAACAGCACCAGCUCUCCAGCUGCAAGUCUUGAAUAUGUUGCCGAGCCAGCCGCCGACUCCAAAGAGAAGUCCAAGACAAGAAGCAGUUCCUUCCCAGAUACCAGCUCCAAGUCCGUCGCCUACUGGUUGCUGGGCAGCGCCGCCAGUGUCUUCGGCAUCGUCGUGUUUGGUGGCCUGACAAGGUUGACAGAAUCUGGUCUGAGUAUAACCGAAUGGCGCCCCGUCACCGGCUCCCUCCCUCCCAUGUCCCCCGAGGACUGGGAGUCUGAGUUCGCAAAGUACCGCGCCUCGCCCGAAUACAUCAAGCUGAACCCGCACAUGGACCUCGAUGAAUUCAAGAAGAUCUACUUCAUGGAAUGGACACACCGCAUCUGGGGCCGCGUCAUCGGCAUGACCUUCGUGCUGCCCACCAUCUACUUCAUCGCGCGCAGGAGGGUCACCAAGCGCAUGGCCUGGAACCUCGUCGGCAUCUCGGGCCUGAUCGGCUUCCAGGGCUUCAUCGGCUGGUGGAUGGUCGCCUCGGGCCUCAAGGACGACCUGUUCGCCCCGGGCGCCCACCCGCGCGUCUCCCAGUACCGCCUGACCACCCACCUGUCCACCGCCUUCGUCUGCUACUCCUGGAUGCUUCUCGCCGGCCUCUCCAUCCUGCGCACCCGCAAGCUACUCGCCGACCCCGCUGCCGCCUCCAAGCUCGCCAAGGUCCUCUCCGGCUCGGCCCUCGCCCCCUUCAAGCGCUACACCACCGCCCUGACCGCCCUCGUCUUCGUGACCGCCAUGUCCGGCGGGCUCGUCGCGGGUCUGGACGCCGGCCUGAUCUACAACGAGUUCCCCAUGAUGGGCACGGGCAUCACGCCGCCCUGGCCCGAGCUCUUCGACAAGUUCUACUCGCGCAAGGAGGACGCCUCGGACCUGUGGUGGCGCAACAUCCUCGAGAACCCCAGCCUGGUCCAGCUCGACCACCGCAUGCUGGCCAUGACCGUGUGCGCCUCGGUGCUGGCCCUGUUCGCCUACAGCCGCACGCGCAGGGUCAAGGCCGUCCUGCCCGCCGACGCCCGCAAGAGCGCCAUGGGCCUGCUGCACCUCAUGCUCCUGCAGGUCACGCUGGGCAUCAGCACCCUCAUCUACAUCGUGCCCACCCACCUGGCUGCUACCCACCAGGCCGGCGCCCUGGCCCUACUGACUGGUGCGCUGGUUCUGGGGACCAGGCUGAGGAUCCCGAAGGGCACGAUGAGGCUGGUCGAGAGGCAGCUCAAGACGAUGCAGCAGAAGAAGUGA